UGUGUUGUGGUUGAGUGAGUGUAGGAGGCAUGGAGGCGAUACUGAACUGCAGAACGGAGGAUUUGGAGGAUUAUUAUGGGCUGCUCGGCUGCGAUGAACUGUCAACGCCUGAACAGAUUGUCAACGAGUUUAAAGUGAGAGCCCUGGCCUGCCAUCCUGACAAACAUCCAGAGAACCCUAACGCAGUGGAGGAGUUCCAGAAGUUACAUGAGGCUAAAGAGAUUCUCACAGAUGAGAAGAAAAGAAAGAGUUAUGAUCUCUGGCUCAGAAGUCGAAUCGCAAUCCCAUUCAGCCAAUGGCAAGCGCUCAGCGACUCGGUUAAAACUUCAAUGCAUUGGGCCGUGAGGAUGAAGAAAGAGCCGAUGCUCGAGGACACAGAUCCUCCAGUGAACACGAGGAAUGAAGGCGCAGUGGAGGAGAAAUCCUCUGGAACAGCCCUGCCGUCAGGCGAGUGCCGGCACCACAGGUUUCGCUGGGCUGGUGAAGCUCCCUCAGGCCUUUUACUGAAGUUCAGGAACUACGACAUAUAAUGCAGAUUUUCUGCUGUUCUGUUCUUUGCUUCCGUGUGAGUGCCUGUAUUUUGCAUAGAGUCAGAACUGACCAAUCAUUAACUGUGUUUCACCAUAACAUUGACUUGAUUCAGUUGUUUGUUUUGUAGGAUGAUCAUAUAUGUUGAAAUUAGGGAUCACUGUGUGCCUUAAAUGCCUUGUCAGAAUUGUUUAAGUAAACUAAGUUAUUUAAUUCAUAUAUAACCCAUUCAAUUUGAAAUAUAAUUGCAUUAAAUUAAUAAUUGUAAGUACACAUUAGUCAUGAGUGUCUUGUAAAAAAAGAAAAGCCACUUUUGUAGUCAUAUUUUUUUAAUCUAUUUUCAGCAUUGUGAGGCAAAUAUAUGUGUAUUUGAGUAAAGAUAUGUGCUUUUGUGGCCAUUUACAUUCCGAGUGUUUAUAUAGGCCGUGUGUGUGUGUGUGUGUGUGUGUGUGUGUGUCUGUAAACUUCUGCAUUGUACUUAAUUGUCAGUCAAUUUGUCAAAUUCUGCAAAAAUAAAACAACCUAUUGUGUAAUAGGAC